GGGCGGGCGGCAGAGAGGGGGGGGCCGCUGGAGAAACGCACCGGACGCGGCGGCUGAAGUGAAGCGAUGCGCGCGGCACGCGCCAGCGCUCAGCGGCUUCCCUCGCGCAGCCGUGCGCAUCGCCUGUGAAGGAGCCCCGCGUGCGGGAUUGCGCGCGCAGCUUCGUGGAGUCCCGGCAUGUGGCGCAGCGUCCGCUCGCGCUCGCAGUGACAGAACGACAACGGGCGCGCGCGCGGGACUCUCUUCAGCCGACACUCGACGCGUUUUCCCGCCGGUUUCCUAAAAAAUACUACUAGACGACAGCGAGCCAGUCCCACUCCCGGCGAACGGACAUGGCCCCGAAAAGGAGACCGCCGCCGCUGCAGCCCAUGAACACAGCCGCCACCGCGGAAGGACAGGCGGUGGGCGCCCCCGCGGACACGGCGUCCGAGGCCAACCUGGAGGCGCUUCAGAAGAAGCUCGGUGAGAUGGACCUGGACGAGCAGCAGAGGAAGCGUUUGGAGGCCUUCCUCACUCAAAAGGCCAAGGUGGGGGAGCUGAAGGACGACGACUUCCACCGCAUCUGCGAGCUGGGCGCCGGCAACGGUGGCGUGGUGAACAAGGUCCGUCACAGACCCACCGGACUGGUCAUGGCCAGGAAGCUGAUCCACCUGGAGAUCAAGCUGGCCAUCCGGAACCAGAUCAUCCGUGAGCUGCAAGUUCUGCAUGAGUGCAACUCCCCCUACAUUGUGGGCUUCUACGGGGCCUUCUACAGCGAUGGCGAGAUCAGUAUCUGCAUGGAGCACAUGGAUGGCGGCUCUCUGGACCAAGUGCUGAAAGAAGCUAAGAGGAUCCCAGAAGAGAUUCUAGGCAAAGUCAGCAUAGCUGUACUGAGGGGGCUCGCCUAUCUGCGGGAGAAACACCAGAUCAUGCACAGAGAUGUCAAGCCAUCCAACAUCCUGGUGAACUCGCGUGGGGAGAUCAAGCUGUGCGACUUUGGUGUGAGCGGCCAGCUCAUCGACUCUAUGGCCAACUCCUUUGUGGGGACCCGCUCCUACAUGUCGCCGGAGAGACUGCAGGGCACGCACUACUCGGUCCAGUCGGACGUGUGGAGCAUGGGUCUGUCCCUGGUGGAGCUGGCUGUUGGUCGCUUCCCCAUCCCACCUCCCGAUGCCAAGGAGCUGGAGGCCAUCUUUGGACGGCCUAUACUGGAUGGAGCAGAGAGGGACCAUCACAGCACCUCUCCACGGCCCAGGCCUCCGGGACGGCCCGUCAGUGGACACGGGAUGGACAGUCGUCCAGCCAUGGCUAUAUUUGAGCUGCUGGACUACAUUGUUAAUGAGCCUCCUCCGAAACUGCCACAUGGGAUCUUCACUUCUGACUUCCAGGACUUUGUGUCAAAAUGCCUCAUCAAGAACCCCGCAGAGAGAGCUGAUCUGAAGAUGUUAAUGAACCACACGUUUAUCAAGCGCUCUGAAGUGGAGGAGGUGGACUUUGCAGGCUGGCUGUGCAAAACCAUGGGUCUCAACCAGCCCAGUACACCCACACGCAGUGUCAUCUAAAGACGCGUCUGCCUGUCUGUCCGCUUGCGCUGCCAAGAUGUCUGCGCUGUCUCAUGCGUGCACUCAUGUGCGCGCGCACACACACACUUAUAACGGUUACAUUCAAACCAACAUGCAUACAUACGUGUCUCUGGGAAUAUGAGCUGUUUGUGAAGGAACGCCGCUUUCUCCAAAGCUACAAACAAAAGCAGGUCCCUUUACUGGUGCUCUUUCCCCAUACCUCAAAAGGUAACCAAACAAUUUGCUGUUCAGAACAGCUCAUCAUGAUCAUAGAGCACAGCAUGUCACCACUGAAUUUUUUUUUUUUU